AUGUCUCAGCAACAGGGCUCGUCUGGGGGUGGAAGCUCGAAGUCCAACUCGUCGGGUGGCUCCUCGACCAACUGGAACGAGGUCCUACGCUACUCCUCCCCUAUCGGAGUUGUCAAGUCAGACGUCGUCUACGGGGUUUACAACCCUUCAUCCUCGAACAACGGCCAGGGCUCGUCUUCUUCGUCAUCCGGGCAUGGCUCCGGCUCCAGCUCCAACAGGCGGUAG